ACACUAAAGCCACCAAAAUGUAUUGAUUAAAGGUGAAACUAAGAGGCCCAUGAAUAACUUAAGUAUAAAGUGUAGAAUCCACAACUGAAAAAUUAUCAAAAGGAGUCGAAGAAGUCACGGGAGAUUGUUUGUAUAGAAAGGAUUGAAGAGUGCCCCAGCAAAAUGGCGGCACGACGUUGCCUGAGUCUGAGUCUGCCCAGGCAACGUGAUUACACAACCAACAGAUUUAAUCUGUGCACCUGCGCGAUACUUUUGAUAGCCCUGCAAUCGAUUUUGGCCCAGGAGGAGACGACCUUCUCCGGCCUGUCCGCGGAAAAUGCCGCUCGCAUGCUGGCCGGCAGUCCCGGCGAGGUGGAGAAGCCCUCGCACCACAGCGAGAUGUCCUUGGUCCUCCCCCACGACACUUAUCCCGGCUUCAGCAUCAAGAAGUUCAAGACCCAUCCUGUGAAGGUAAACGGCACUUCCCACCGCGCGGAGGGCGCCGCCUACCACAUGCUGGACAGCGACUACUCCAAGUACUUCACCGUGCUCGACGAUGGAGUGGUGAUGACCACGGCGGACAUCUCUCCGCUGGUGAACCGCCCGGUCCAGCUGGUGGUAGUGGAGCAGACCCCGAACGUAACCAACACCCACAACCUGCAGCUGUUCGUGAUGCACCGCAACGACAUGCUGCGGUUCUCAGGCUCCCUGUUGGACGCCAGCGGCGAGGUGAGGGAGAACAGCCCGGCGGGCACCAGGGUCAGGGGCGUGCCCCUCAUGCAGGCCUUCAGCGGCUCCAUCCUGGAAGAAGAGCUGGCCAAGCCGAAGAAGGUGCGGUACACGAUUAUCGAUGGAAACGUGGAGGACGCCUUCGCCCUGCAGGAGCGCAAGGCCAACCGGAAUGUGCAGAUGAACGCCAAGUCACUGGUGAUCGACGGCGACGAUGAGUCCGGGGUCUGGCUGGUCACCAACCGACCUCUGGAUCGCGAGGAGCGAGCUCACUACGACCUCUCUGUGGAGGCCUCCGACGUGGAUGGCCUGGAUAAGACGGUUUCCAAAAUCCAAAUCACUGUUCUGGACGAGAACGACAACAGACCUAUUUUCAAGGCCGUGGACUACAAGUUCGCCAUCGCCGGGCAGAAGGCCGCCAGCAUGGAGAGCAACAACAGCAUUACGUACCAGCGGUUCGCCAUCCUGGGAAAGGUGGAGGCCACCGAUGCCGACGGAGAUAAGAUAGCCUACAGGCUGAAGACCCCCAACAACGUGGUGAUCAUUGUCCCCCAGACCGGAGAAAUAAUGCUAGUCGGAGAGCCAACUUCCAAUGAACUCCUCAUCGACGUCAUAGCCCACGACCUGAGGUACCCCAGCCUGCUGAGCGCCCAGCCAGCCAAGGUCCUCCUGGAGUUCCUGGCCCCUGAACCAGUGUCCUUCAUAAUGCAGCACCUGGAGCACGACGAGGUGAACAGCCACUCGCACCAUCGCGAAAAGCGCAGGGUCACUCGGGCCGUUCGACCCACCAAGAGGAUCGAGUUCACGGAAGCCGAUGGCGAUACGGAGGGAAAGUCCGUGUUCCAGUUGGAGAAGGAAACGGAUAAAGAGACGUUCAAGAUCCGGGACGACAAUCCCUGGGUGACGGUGGAGACAAACGGAGCUGUGCGCGUCAAGAAGAAGUGGGACUACGAGGAGCUGGGCCCCGAGAAGACCAUUGAUUUCUGGGUUAUCAUCACCAACAUGGGCCACAAUGCUGGCAUCAAGUAUACGGACAACCAGCGCGUCAUAAUCCUGGUGAAGGACGUGAACGAUGAGCCGCCGUACUUCAUCAACCGCCCGCUGCCCAUGCAGGCUGUGGUGCAGCUGAACGCUCCGCCCAACACCCCCGUGUUCACCCUGCAGGCCCGCGACCCGGACACCGACCACAACAUCCACUACUUCAUAGUCCGCGACCGGACCGGCGGACGCUUCGAGGUGGACGAACGAUCGGGCGUGGUGCGCACCAGGGGCACGGAUCUCUUCCAGCUGGACAUGGAGUAUGUCCUCUACGUCAAGGCAGAGGAUCAGAACGGAAAGGUGGACGACCGCAGGUUCCAGAGCACCCCGGAGGAGCGGCUGUCGAUUGUGGGCGGCAAGCGGGCCCCCCAGUUCUACAUGCCCAGCUACGAGGCCGAGAUUCCAGAGAACCAGAAGAAAGACUCAGACAUUAUUUCGAUUAAGGCCAAGUCCUUUGCAGACCGCGAGAUCCGCUACACCCUGAAGGCCCAGGGCCAGGGAGCCGGCACCUUCAACAUAGGACCCACCUCGGGCAUCGUGAAGUUGGCCAAGGAGCUGGACUUCGAGGAUUUGCGCCAGCCCCAUGUCUAUUCCCUGAUUGUGACAGCCACCGAGGACUCGGGCGGCUUCUCCACCUCUGUGGACCUCACCAUUCGGGUUACGGAUGUCAACGACAAUGCUCCCAAAUUCGAGCUGCCCGACUACCAGGCCCACAACGUCGACGAGGACAUUCCUUUGGGAACUAGCAUCCUGCGGGUCAAGGCCAUGGACGCUGACUCGGGCUCCAACGCCGAAAUUGAAUACCUGGUGUCGGAUGAUCACUUUGCCGUGGACUCUAAUGGAAUCAUCGUGAACAAUAAGCAACUGGACGCCGACAACAACAAUGCCUACUACGAGUUCAUGGUCACUGCCAAGGACAAGGGCGAGCCUGCCAAGUCGGGAACAGCCACUGUUCGAGUCUACACCAAAAACAAGAACGACGAGGAGCCCAAGUUCUCGCAACAGGUGUACACCCCCAACGUGGACGAGAACGCCGGUCCUAAUACUCUGGUUACCACUGUGGUGGCCUCUGACAAGGACGGCGACAAUGUCCGGUUUGGGUUCGUGGGCGGCGGCACCUCCUCGGGCCAGUUCGUCAUCGAGGACAUAACCGGUGUGAUUCGGUUGCACAACAAAGCCAUAUCCCUGGAUCGCGACAAGUAUGAGCUUAACGUCACCGCCAUGGACGACGGCUCCUGCUGUGUGAACGGCGAUCAGACCAUCCACACCUCGACUGCUGUGGUGGUGGUCUUCAUCACAGACGUCAACGACAACAAGCCCGUGUUCAAGGACUGCAGCACCUACUACCCUAAGGUCGAGGAAGGGGCUCCCAACGGAAGUCCCGUCAUCAAAGUGGUGGCCACCGACGAGGACAAGGGCGUCAAUGGACAGGUGAAGUACUCGAUUGUGCAGCAACCCAACCAAAAGGGCACCAAAUUCACCGUGGACGAGGAGACCGGCGAGGUGUCGACCAACAAGGUCUUCGAUCGUGAGGGCGACGACGGCAAGUUUGUGUCUGUGACAGUAAAGGCUACGGAUCAGGGCGAUCCCAGCCUGGAGGGAGUCUGUUCCUUCACUGUGGAAAUUACGGACGUGAACGAUAAUCCACCUUUAUUCGAUCGACAGAAAUACGUCGAGAAUGUAAAGCAAGAUGCCAGCAUUGGCACAAAUAUACUGCGUGUUUCCGCCUCCGACGAAGAUGCCGACAAUAACGGAGCCAUAGUCUACAGCUUGACGGCCCCGUUCAACCCCAACGACCUGGAGUACUUUGAAAUCCAGUCCGAGUCCGGUUGGAUUGUCCUCAAGAAGCCCCUUGACGGGUGUUAUCCACGCGAUCGCUAUCGCCUGAGGGUUAGCGCCUCAGACAAGGGCACACCGCCCUCGGCCGCCGAUGUCGACGUUGAGUUAGAUGUCGUCGAUCGGAACAAUAAGCCUCCCAUUUGGGAUAAGAGCAUUUAUGGGCCGAUACACAUACGCGAGAACGUCACUGUGGGUACGGUUGUAACAUCGGUUAAGGCAAGUUCGGGUAUCGAAGGGAACCCCACAGUGUUCUACCGACUGAUGCCCGGGUCGACAGCGCAGACGAACAAGUUCCACACCUUCUACUUGCAACAAAGACCGGACAACGGCGAUACCUGGGCCGACAUAAAGGUGAAUCAUCCGCUGGACUACGAGAGCAUCAAGGAGUACAAUCUAACCAUACGUGUCGAGAACAACGGGGCCCAACAAUUGGCAUCGGAAGCGACCGUUUACAUAAUGCUCGAGGAUGUUAAUGAUGAAAUACCGUUAUUCACCGAACGCGAACAGGAAACGGUCCUCGAGGGCGAACCAAUUGGCACAAAAGUGACACAAGUGAACGCCAUCGACAAGGAUGGCACAUUCCCAAAUAAUCAGGUCUACUACUACAUUGUCGACUCGCCGCGGAACGAAGGCAAGGAGUUUUUCGAAAUCAACCUGCAGAGUGGAGAAAUUUUCACCAAAACCGUGUUCGACAGAGAGAAGAAGGGCGCCUAUGCCCUCGAGGUGGAGGCCCGGGACGGAGCUCCCUCGGCCCGACCCAACAGCAAUGGACCCAAUUCAGUCACCAAGUUCAUACGCAUUGGCAUCGCCGAUAAAAACGAUAAUCCGCCCUAUUUCGACAAAUCGCUCUACGAGGCCGAAGUGGAUGAGAACGAGGACAUCCAGCACACAGUGCUCACUGUAACGGCCAAGGAUCACGACGAGUCCUCACGUAUCCGCUAUGAAAUUACAAGCGGCAACAUCGGCGGCGCUUUUGCGGUUAAAAAUAUGACGGGUGCCAUUUAUGUAGCUGGCGCUUUAGAUUACGAAACCCGACGCAGGUAUGAGCUGCGUUUGGCCGCCUCCGAUAAUUUGAAGGAGAACUACACCACCGUGAUUAUCCAUGUCAAGGAUGUGAACGAUAAUCCUCCAGUGUUUGAGCGACCCACUUAUCGCACCCAGAUUACCGAGGAGGAUGAUCGCAAUUUACCCAAGCGCGUCUUGCAGGUUACGGCCACCGACGGGGACAAGGAUCGCCCCCAGAACAUCGUGUACUUCCUCACGGGCCAGGGCAUCGAUCCAGAUAAUCCUGCCAACAGCAAGUUCGACAUCAACCGCACCACCGGCGAGAUAUUCGUUUUAAAGCCCCUGGAUCGCGAUCAACCGAACGGGCGGCCCCAGUGGCGUUUCACCGUGUUCGCGCAGGAUGAGGGCGGCGAGGGCCUCGUGGGAUACGCGGACGUCCAGGUCAAUCUGAAGGACAUCAACGACAACGCGCCCAUCUUCCCCCAGGGCGUCUACUUCGGAAAUGUGACGGAGAACGGCACCGCCGGCAUGGUGGUGAUGACCAUGACGGCUGUGGACUACGACGACCCGAACGAGGGCUCCAACGCCCGCCUGGUCUAUUCCAUCGAGAAGAACGUGAUCGAGGAGGAGACCGGCUCCCCCAUUUUCGAAAUCGAACCCGACACCGGCGUGAUUAAGACCGCAGUGUGCUGCCUGGACCGCGAGCGAACCCCGGACUAUUCCAUACAAGUCGUUGCGAUGGAUGGAGGGGGGUUGAAGGGGACGGGGACUGCGUCCAUAAGGGUCAAGGAUAUCAACGACAUGCCGCCGCAGUUUACUAAGGACGAGUGGUUCACGGAGGUGGAUGAGACGGACGGCACAGCGCUGCCGGAGAUGCCCAUUCUGACCGUGACGGUGCACGACGAGGACGAGACCAACAAGUUCCAGUACAAGGUGAUCGACAACAGCGGCUACGGCGCCGACAAGUUCACGAUGGUGCGGAACAACGACGGCACGGGAUCCCUGAAGAUUGUCCAGCCCCUGGACUAUGAGGACCAGCUCCAGAGCAAUGGCUUCCGCUUCCGCAUCCAGGUGAACGACAAGGGCGAGGACAACGACAACGACAAGUACCACGUGGCCUACUCGUGGGUGGUGGUCAAGCUGCGGGACAUCAACGACAACAAGCCGCACUUCGAGCGGGCCAACGUUGAGGUUUCCGUGUUCGAGGACACUAAGGUGGGCACCGAGCUGGAGAAGUUCAAGGCUACUGACCCGGACCAGGGCGGUAAGAGCAAGGUCUCCUACUCCAUCGACCGCUCCUCGGAUCGCCAGCGACAAUUCGCCAUUAACCAGAACGGAUCGGUGACCAUUCAAAGGUCCCUCGACCGCGAGGUAGUGCCCCGUCACCAGGUUAAGAUUCUGGCCAUCGACGACGGCUCCCCGCCAAAGACCGCCACUGCCACCCUCACCGUCAUAGUGCAGGACAUCAACGACAAUGCCCCCAAAUUCCUGAAGGACUACCGGCCAGUUCUGCCGGAACAUGUUCCGCCGCGCAAGGUGGUGGAGAUCCUGGCUACCGACGACGAUGAUCGAUCCAAGAGCAACGGCCCACCAUUCCAGUUCCGCUUGGACCCCAGUGCUGAUGACAUUAUUCGAGCUUCCUUCAAGGUGGAGCAGGAUCAAAAGGGAGCCAACGGAGACGGCAUGGCUGUUAUCUCCUCCCUGCGAUCCUUCGACCGCGAGCAGCAGAAGGAGUACAUGAUCCCCAUUGUCAUCAAGGACCACGGCUCUCCGGCCAUGACGGGCACGAGCACUCUUACCGUGAUUAUUGGCGACGUGAAUGACAACAAAAUGCAGCCCGGCUCAAAGGACAUCUUUGUGUACAACUACCAAGGACAGUCGCCCGAUACUCCGAUUGGACGGGUCUACGUCUACGAUCUCGACGACUGGGACCUGCCGGACAAGAAGUUCUACUGGGAGGCCAUGGAGCACCCCCGCUUCAAGCUGGACGAGGACUCCGGCAUGGUAACCAUGCGGGCUGGCACCCGCGAAGGACGCUACCACCUCAGGUUCAAGGUCUACGAUCGCAAGCACACUCAGACGGACAUUCCGGCCAACGUCACGGUCACUGUGCGGGAAAUUCCCCACGAGGCGGUUAUUAAUUCCGGCUCGGUUCGCCUGUCUGGCAUUUCCGACGAGGACUUCAUUCGCGUGUGGAACUACCGGACCCAGAGUCUCAGUCGCUCCAAGCUGGACCGUUUCAGGGACAAGCUGGCCGAUAUGCUCAACACGGACCGUGAGAACGUGGACAUUUUCAGUGUGCAGCUAAAGAGACGACACCCUCCACUGACAGACGUGAGGUUCUCGGCCCACGGCUCCCCCUACUACAAGCCCAUCAGGCUGAACGGAAUAGUCCUCAUGCACCGCGAGGAGAUCGAGAAGGACGUGGGCAUCAACAUCACCAUGGUGGGAAUCGACGAGUGCCUGUACGAGAAUCAGAUGUGCGAGGGCAGCUGCACAAACUCUUUAGAAAUUAGCCCGCUCCCGUAUAUGGUAAACGCCAACAAGACUGCCCUGGUCGGUGUGCGAGUGGACACCAUUGCGGACUGCACCUGCGGGGCAAGAAACUUCACCAAACCCGAGUCCUGCCGCAACACCCCCUGCCACAACGGUGGCCGGUGCAUGGACACUCGCUUCGGGCCUCACUGCUCCUGCCCCGUGGGUUAUACUGGACCCCGCUGUCAGCAGACUACUCGCAGCUUCCGAGGCAAUGGAUGGGCAUGGUACCCGCCUCUUGAAAUGUGCGACGAAUCCCACUUGAGUCUGGAGUUCAUCACUCGAAAGCCCGACGGCCUCAUCAUCUACAACGGACCGAUUGUGCCGCCGGAGCGCGACGAGAAGCUCAUCUCUGAUUUUAUUGCCCUGGAGCUGGAGCGCGGAUACCCGCGACUGCUGAUAGACUUCGGCUCCGGGACCCUGGAGCUGCGAGUCAAGACCAAGAAGACCCUGGACGACGGCGAGUGGCACAGAAUCGACUUAUUCUGGGACACCGAGAACAUUCGCAUGGUUGUGGACUUCUGCAAGUCGGCGGAAAUUGCCGAAAUGGAGGAUGGCACUCCGCCAGAGUUCGAUGACAUGUCCUGCCAAGCGAGGGGGCAGAUUCCGCCCUUCAACGAGUAUCUGAACGUGAACGCCCCUCUGCAAGUGGGAGGACUCUACCGGGAGCAGUUCGACCAAAGCCUGUACUUCUGGCACUACAUGCCGACGGCCAAGGGCUUCGACGGCUGCAUUCGGAACCUGGUGCACAACUCCAAGCUCUACGAUCUGGCCCAUCCGGGACUGUCCAGGAACAGCUUGGCCGGCUGCCCCCAAACAGAGGAGGUCUGUGCACAAACAGAAGCCACUGCCCGCUGCUGGGAGCACGGAAACUGCGUGGGCUCCUUGUCAGAGGCACGCUGCCACUGCCGCCCGGGCUGGACGGGACCUGCUUGCAACAUCCCCACCAUUCCCACCACCUUCAAGGCCCAGAGUUACGUCAAGUACGCGUUGAGCUUCGAGCCGGACCGCUUCAGCACUCAGGUACAGCUGAGAUUCCGCACGAGAGAGGAGUACGGAGAGCUGUUCCGGGUGAGCGAUCAGCACAACCGAGAGUACGGCAUCCUGGAGAUCAAGGACGGCCACCUCCACUUCCGCUACAACCUGAACUCGCUGCGCACCGAGGAGAAGGACCUCUGGCUGAACGCCAUCGUGGUCAACGACGGACAGUGGCACGUGGUGAGGGUGAAUCGCUACGGAUCUGCAGCCACCCUGGAACUGGACGGAGGCGAGGGACGUCGCUACAACGAGACAUUUGAGUUCGUGGGACACCAGUGGCUCUUGGUCGACAAGCAAGAGGGUGUCUACGCAGGUGGAAAGGCGGAAUAUACCGGAGUGAGGACCUUUGAGGUGUACGCGGACUACCAAAAGAGCUGUCUCGAUGACAUACGUCUCGAAGGCAAACAUCUGCCACUGCCACCGGCCAUGAAUGGAACCCAGUGGGGUCAGGCCACCAUGGCGAGGAAUCUGGAGAAGGGAUGCCCCUCGAAUAAGCCCUGCUCGAACGUCAUCUGCCCGGAUCCCUUCGAGUGCGUGGAUCUGUGGAACGUCUACGAGUGCACUUGCGGCGAAGGACGCAUUAUGUCGCCCGACUCCAAGGGCUGCAUGGACCGGAACGAGUGCCUCGAUAUGCCCUGCAUGAACGGGGCCACGUGCAUUAAUCUCGAGCCCCGGCUACGGUAUCGCUGCAUUUGCCCCGACGGGUUCUGGGGCGAGAAUUGCGAGCUGGUGCAGGAGGGUCAGACCCUCAAGCUCAGCAUGGGCGCCCUGGCGGCGAUCCUGGUCUGCCUUUUGAUCAUUCUGAUACUCGUCCUGGUAUUCGUCGUUUACAAUCGUCGCCGUGAGGCGCAUAUCAAGUAUCCGGGACCCGAUGACGAUGUGCGCGAGAACAUCAUCAACUACGACGAUGAGGGUGGCGGCGAGGACGACAUGACCGCCUUUGAUAUCACUCCGCUCCAGAUACCAAUUGGCGGCCCGAUGCCACCUGAGCUGGCGCCCAUGAAGAUGCCAAUCAUGUAUCCUGUCAUGACCCUGAUGCCUGGGCAGGAGCCCAAUGUGGGCAUGUUCAUCGAGGAGCAUAAAAAGCGCGCCGACGGCGACCCGAACGCGCCUCCCUUCGACGACUUGCGGAAUUAUGCCUACGAGGGUGGCGGCAGUACUGCCGGGUCGCUCAGCUCCUUGGCGUCAGGCACUGAUGAUGAGCAGCAGGAGUACGACUACCUCGGGGCCUGGGGACCACGCUUCGACAAGCUGGCCAAUAUGUACGGACCCGAGGCGCCCAACCCCCACAGUACCGAACUAGAAUUGUAAGCGACGAGCGAGGGAAGCGGGAUGGUAGAACGCUCACCGUACCCAGUCCGAAGCGGAUACCUAAUGAAGAAACUAAAGUGUUAGUAGAUACAAAGUUGCAUUUAAAACGAAAUGAAUCGCCACACAGACACAAAGAAAGCGCAACCAAAGAAGCAUCUGAAUGCUGACAGUUGGCACUACUCUCUACAUAAGUGAAAAACUACAGUCUAUAAACCUAGAAUCGGGCGGGAAACGAAUUAGAGUCGCACGGAAGUGAAGGAAAAUCAAACACAUAUUAUGACACGUAAAAUGACAUUUGUAAAAAUUUUUCAUCAGCAUUUAAAUUUAACGAUUACGAUAAAGAAAUUAAGUUAUUGUAUUAGGGCGGCGCAACCUGCUAACCAGCAGUUUUUGCUGCAAAGUUAGUAGUCGGAGUCGGAGUCAAAAAGUGGGGAAAUGAAAAUUUUAAGAUGUAGGCGAGAGCAUACCAAAGUUUAGUUUAGGAGCGCUUAUGAAUUUAUAACAUUAGUUCUGAACAGAUUCGUUGUGCAUAUUAUUUUAAGUUGUACAUUUUGUGUUAGGAGUUUUGGUUUCUAAGUUUUUAACUUUUCUAGAGUCAAUAGGCGGAUAGGCCGACAAAUGAAAAAGAUUUCGUUUAUUUAUUUUAAGCUUUCUAAGUACUCUUGAUUUAAAAUAAUUUCUAAGGAUUACAAUUAAACAUAAUUAAAACUUAUAUAAAGGAAUACCCAAAGACUGUUUUCGUUCCAUCAUAACAAGUAUAUACAUACAUUAAAACACGAACAUAUAUAUAAAUAUAUAUUAACGUAUAAAAAUUACGACAUUUUUAACUGAAAACUGAGACGCACUUCGCCGCCUUGUGUCUAAUUUAUUGUCUAAGCACAAGCGGCAGUUGAGGAGCCAGUUUUUCUCAACUUAACGAGUACGAAUCAGAGUCGAAGAAGAAAAUACUCCUAAAAGAUAUUCUAAAGCAAGAAAAACUUAUGCUAAAUUCUCCACACCAAGCUAAUCUAGCUGAGAAACGCUAGCCACGUAAAGUAAAAAUUAAAAGUAAUGAAAAAGAAAAUUACCUUUAGAUGAACUUAGCGCAAUUGAUAUAAUUAAUGAAAUACUUGAGAAGCAAACAAAAUUAUAUAUGAAUGAUGGAAAACGGAAUAGUAUUUUACAUUGUAUAUAUUAUUAGUUUUAGCACCUAUAUAAAGAAAACACAAACACAUUAUGAAACCACAUAAAAUUGAUGGAAAACCUAAAAUCCUAUUAAGUCAUUUCACUAAGCUGCGAGUAUGGACAGAUAACGAAUGCAAAUAAACAAAACCUUACGUAUACACGAAUCCAAAACUGAAUUCCCAUUUUAAUUUUUAAUUGAAAA